AGGGUAUAAACAGGGCAGCAUGUAACCCAGGAAGAGGCAGGGAGUGGAGGAGGAGGAAGAGGGGAAGGAAUAAACAUUUUACCUUUUGUCCAUCCUUUGAAAUGGUGAAUGAAGAGCAAGAUCUCAAGUAGCAUCCCAGCUUCCUCCUUAAGCUUCCUCCUGAGAAGUAACCAGUCCUCUGCUGCCUCCUGCUUCCCCUAGGCCUGAAAUUAGUGUUGGUGCCAUGAGCCAUUUCAGAAUCCGUGCAGCCAGGCCCCAAGACUGUCCUGAAAUCCUGCGUCUUAUCAAAGAACUAGCUGCUUAUGAAAAUAUGCCAAAUGCAGUAACACUAACAGAAACAGAUUUGCUUGAAGAUGGCUUCAGAGAACAUCCUUUGUAUUACUGUCUAAUAGCAGAGGUGCCAAAGGAGGGGCAAGCAGGAAGUAGUUACGCUGUAGGCUAUGCUAUGUAUUAUUUUACAUAUGACCCUUGGAUUGGCAAGUUACUUUACCUGGAAGACUUCUAUAUUAUGGAGACAUAUAGAGGUUUGGGCAUCGGAUCUGAAAUCUUAAGGAGAUUAAGCCAGAUAGCAAUUGAGACCAACUGUAGCCGCAUGCAUUUCCUUGUAGUCAUCUGGAACAAGCCGUCUAUCGAGUACUAUGUGAGACGUGGAGCUUCAGAUCUUUCUACUGAAGAGGGCUGGCAUCUUUUCAAAUUUGACAAAGAGACUCUUCUCAGAAUGGCAACUGAAUAACAAUGAAGACUCACACUCACCAUUCCAAAAUGUGUGCAAAAUCAGAUUAAUUUGAUCUGACCAACUUUCCUUUUAGCAAAAUACAACAUCUUCCGUUUAUACCCA